CUCAACUCUCUCUUCACUCUUUCCCACAUUGCCAAUGGAAUGGAACCCAUCACAUCCGAGAAUUUCGGUACUCGAAAUACCUUCUCAGGCAGGUGGACCUCUAAACCUUUUUUUCCAUUGCGCCUCAUUGAAUAUCAAAAAGAAACUUGCUCACACGAGACUUGAAUCGACAUACGGAUGUUAUCGAACCAUUCCCGCUUCCGAAGGCGUUGUUUACAAUCCACAAACCCGCGCGACGCCCGUCAGAGACGACCAUCUCCCGUGUUUUGACUGAGUCCCGGCAGCAAAUUCCCGAACAAAACGGCAACAUUUGGCGCGUUCUGACUGGCUUACGCUCCUUGGCUCCCUCAUCGCCGUCAAAAGAGACAGCCAAGCCUGGGCGUUUUGCUGGGCGGCCAGCACACGUCUUCAUCAAUUAGAAGUGGCCAAUUACACCAAAUCUCAUUUCUGCUUCACCGCAAUGAGCACCGGUGGUCUGGUCAUUUCCCAGACUCGAAUCUCGAGUCAGGUCCUCCUUUCAUCCCAGGCCUUCGCUCGAACCGAUGCCAAAUUUCUGUCACCGGAGAAUAACCAAGAAAAAAUGAUGAGAGGAACUCCUGCACGAUGGCACGAACCACCAACUGACCGCGAACCUGUCAUGGCUGCAUACGAGACACUAGAUCAUUGCGUAAGCCCAUCAACGUCGCCAACAACUCACUGACAAUGACAGCAAACAACAACAAACAAAAAAGAUAACGGCACAGCCGCAGUAUCAGACGGGGGCAGUCGGGGGGGGCUAGGGCCUCGACCUGCCCUUGACUCCCAAUGCGAGACGUGUCGGGGACGAAGAUAAUCAGGGAGUAUCCUAUCCGUACACAACGAGGAAAAGAAGAGGCUCAAUUAUGCGACACGGAGGUCAACCGUCAACCGACAAGGUCCAUAACGGCAGGGAAGAGGGGCAACGCCGCCCGCCCGCAAAAAGGGCUGGUCCAGAGCCUCAAUCGAAACAAACCGCAGCAAGAACGCGGCAGAAGUGAGCCGCAUCCAUCACAUCACGGAUGAAUCAGGUCUUCGGGAAGAACCAUUUCCCUCCGAGAGAGAAAAACCGCCUUAACCUGCUCUCCUUCUUCCUCCGAGUCCCGGCUCGCGGGGGAAGAGCACCAGGGGGAGGAGAAGGGGAGCCUCAGAAGGGCCCUGCACAGAUCGCCAACGCAUCUGAUGCGACCGUAGGACCCGGUCUUGGCAGGCCCUUCGAGACUGCCCUGUGACGCCUCACAGCUGCCUCCGUUCAAGCGAAGCCCGGCCAGUGUCACCCGCUUCGGAUCACCCGUAAAUGCCAUGCUUCACCCGUCCGUCCAUCCUCCGUUCCUUUUCCCGCUACAAAAUCUGCCGUGUAGAAAGAAGCCUGAAAUAGCCCCCCUUUUUCUUUCGGGAUGCGGGCGACGGACGGGAUGAUGAGAAUCAAGGUGUAUCGAGACUCAAGUACUCCGUAGUCUCGUUAGUAGAUAGUCGGACGGGGAGUUAAGAAUGGGAAAAGAAACUAAUGUGAGGCAAAUGCGUGAAUGUCCACGGUUAUCUGUAGCCACACAGACAGCCGCGCCCCUUCUCAACUUCUUCCCCCGCAAAACUCCCAUAUCAACCGCACAUCUGGUCCUCGGGAUCCCUGCAUCCCGACCGUCCCGUGCCUCGCCAAAACUCCGGGAGCCUCUCACAACCUCUUCUCCUCUCCUCUCUCAGCCUCCUAUCUGUUCCGUUCUGUUCUGUUCCCCCUUCCCGUCCGACCGAGCCAGACUCGGCCAGUCAGAGGCUCAACGGCUUCGGUAAGCGGGAAGAGAACU